GCCCCAGGCCUGAACAGCGAUAGGGCCUGGCACUUGAGCUUACCACAGCGAGGGUGGAGCUGCGUUGAGGUCUCUUUUCUUGGAUAGACCGUAGGCUCCUCUGGCACUCUGUUUCUGAGAGGAUUGGAAACCGAGCGCGAUGAGGAGCAGGAGUAACUCCGGGGUCCGGCUAGAUGGCUAUGCUAGGCUAGUGCAUCAGACCAUCCUGUGCCAUCAGAAUCCAGUGACUGGUUUGCUUCCAGCCAGCUUUGAUCAGAAAGAUGCCUGGGUCCGGGAUAACGUGUACAGCAUCUUGGCUGUAUGGGGUCUGGGCCUGGCCUAUAGAAAGAAUGCAGACCGGGAUGAGGAUAAAGCAAAGGCCUAUGAACUGGAGCAGAGUGUAGUGAAGCUGAUGAGGGGACUGCUGCACUGCAUGAUCAGACAGGUGGAUAAAGUAGAAUCCUUCAAGUAUAGUCAGAGUACCAAGGAUAGCCUCCAUGCCAAGUACAACACCAAAACCUGUGCCACUGUGGUGGGUGAUGACCAGUGGGGACACCUGCAGUUGGAUGCUACCUCUGUGUACCUGCUCUUCUUAGCACAAAUGACUGCCUCAGGACUUCAUAUCAUCCACAGUCUAGAUGAAGUUAAUUUCAUACAGAACCUUGUGUUUUACAUUGAAGCUGCAUAUAAAACUGCUGACUUCGGGAUAUGGGAACGUGGAGACAAAACCAACCAGGGAAUCUCAGAAUUGAAUGCCAGUUCAGUUGGAAUGGCAAAGGCAGCCCUGGAAGCAUUAGAUGAACUGGACCUGUUUGGUGUGAAAGGUGGGCCACAGUCAGUUAUCCAUGUCCUAGCUGAUGAAGUACAACACUGCCAGUCUAUCCUUAAUUCGAUACUACCCCGGGCUUCAACAUCCAAAGAGGUUGAUGCUAGCCUACUUUCAGUUGUUUCCUUCCCAGCCUUUGCAGUAGAGGAUAACCAGUUGGUGGAGCUCACAAAACAGGAAAUCAUCACCAAGCUUCAGGGUCGUUAUGGUUGCUGUCGCUUUCUACGAGAUGGAUAUAAAACUCCUAAAGAGGAUCCCAAUCGUCUGUACUAUGAACCAGCUGAGCUGAAGUUAUUUGAAAACAUUGAAUGCGAAUGGCCAUUGUUCUGGACAUACUUUAUCCUUGAUGGGGUCUUUAGUGGCAAUGCAGAACAGGUUCAAGAAUACAGAGAGGCUCUUGAAGCAGUCCUCAUCAAGGGCAAAAAUGGAGUCCCACUUCUACCAGAGCUGUACAGUGUUCCUCCUGACAAGGUUGAUGAAGAAUAUCAAAAUCCUCAUACUGUGGACCGAGUCCCCAUGGGAAAGUUGCCUCAUAUGUGGGGUCAGUCUCUAUACAUCUUAGGAAACUUGAUGGCAGAGGGAUUUCUAGCUCCCGGAGAAAUCGAUCCCCUGAAUCGUAGGUUUUCUACUGUACCAAAGCCAGAUGUUGUGGUUCAAGUUUCUAUUCUAGCUGAGACAGAAGAAAUCAAGGCCAUUUUGAAGGACAAGGGAAUUAAUGUGGAGACCAUUGCUGAAGUGUACCCCAUCAGAGUCCAACCAGCUCGUAUUCUCAGCCACAUUUAUUCCAGCCUAGGAUGCAACAGUAAAAUGAAACUCAGUGGAAGACCCUAUAGACACAUGGGAGUCCUUGGAACUUCAAAACUCUAUGACAUUCGGAAAACUGUCUUUACCUUCACUCCACAGUUCAUCGACCAGCAACAGUUCUACCUGGCUCUGGACAACAAGAUGAUAGUGGAAAUGCUUAGAACAGACAUUUCCUAUCUCUGUAGCCGCUGGAGGAUGACAGGCCAGCCCACCAUCACCUUCCCUGUGUCACAUAGCAUGCUUGAUGAUGAUGGAACCAGCUUGAAUCCAAGUAUCCUGGCAGCACUCCAAAAAAUGCAGGAUGGCUAUUUUGGUGGGGCAAGGAUUCAAACAGGUAAAUUGUCAGAAUUUUUGACAACAUCUUGCUGUACACAUUUGAGUUUCAUGGACCCUGGACCUGAGGGUAAACUGUACAGUGAAGAUUAUGAUGACUACGAUAAUGAGCUAGAAUCUGGUGACUGGAUGAAUGGCUAUGGUUCAACCAAUAAUGCUCGCUGUGGUGAUGAAGUUGCUCGUUAUUUAGAUCACCUCUUGGCACACACUGCUCCCCAUGCUAAACUAGGCCCUACCUCACAGAAGGGAGGGCUAAAUCGGUUCCGAGCGGCUGUGCAAACAACCUGCGAUUUAAUGUCCUUGGUGACCAAGGCCAAGGAGCUGCAUGUACAGAAUGUCCACAUGUAUCUUCCUACAAAGAUAUUUCAGGCUUCUCGGCCUUCAUUCCACUUACUUGACUCACCUCAUCCCUCACGAGAGGACCAGGUUCCCUCUGUUCGUGUAGAAAUACAUCUUCCUAGAGACAAGUCUGGGGAAGUGGACUUCAAAGCACUGGUUUUACAAUUGAGAGAGACCUCUAGCUUACAGGAGCAAGCUGAUAUCCUGUACAUGUUGUAUACCAUGAAAGGACCUGACUGGGACAUUGGAUUGUAUGAUGAAGGGAGUGCGACAGUCAGAGAACUGCUUACUGAACUAUAUGGCAAAGUUGGGGAAAUUCGUCACUGGGGCCUGAUCCGAUACAUUUCUGGAAUCUUAAGGAAGAAGGUGGAAGCACUUGAUGAGGCCUGCACAGACCUUCUCUCCCACCAGAAACAUUUGACAGUGGGACUCCCUCCAGAACCUCGAGAAAAGACCAUCUCUGCACCUCUUCCCUAUGAAGUACUCACUCAGCUGAUAGAUGAAGCCAGUGAAGGGGACAUGAGCAUUUCAAUUCUUACACAGGAAAUAAUGGUGUAUCUAGCCAUGUAUAUGAGAACUCAGCCUGGCCUCUUUGCUGAAAUGUUUCGUCUUCGAAUUGGUCUGAUCAUACAAGUUAUGGCAACAGAACUGGCCCACUCCCUUCGAUGCUCAGCUGAAGAAGCCACAGAUGGCCUGAUGAAUCUCAGUCCUUCAGCCAUGAAGAAUCUCCUGCAUCACAUUCUCAGUGGCAAGGAGUUUGGAGUGGAACGAAGUGUUCGCCCCACUGAUUCGAAUAUCAGCCCUGCUAUUUCCAUCCAUGAGAUUGGUGCUGUUGGAGCAACCAAAACAGAACGAACUGGGAUCAUGAAGUUAAAAAGUGAGAUAAAGCAGGUGGACUUUCGUAGGCUGUCUAUCUCAACUGAGAGUCAGGUGAAACAACCCUAUGGUGGUCUUCCCCUGGGUAUAGAUUUGACGUCACCAUCUUUUCUGUCACCUGGUACCUCUAUGACUCCAAGUAGUGGCUCCUUCCCUAGUGCAUAUGGUCAACAGACAUCUAAAGAUAGUCGUCAGGGUCAGUGGCAACGCCGAAGAAGGCUGGAUGGAGCACUGAACAGAGUCCCAGUUGGAUUUUAUCAAAAAGUAUGGAAAGUUUUGCAGAAGUGUCAUGGACUUUCUGUGGAAGGUUUUGUUCUUCCUUCUUCAACCACUAGAGAGAUGACUCCAGGCGAGAUUAAAUUCUCUGUUCAUGUGGAGUCUGUCCUGAAUCGCGUUCCUCAGCCAGAGUACCGCCAGCUUCUGGUUGAAGCCAUCCUUGUCCUCACCAUGAUGGCAGACAUUGAAAUUCAUAGUAUUGGAAGCAUCAUUGCUGUGGAAAAGAUAGUGCAUAUUGCCAAUGACUUGUUCCUUCAAGAACAGAAAACCCUCGGUGCAGAUGAUAUCAUGUUGGCAAAGGAUCCUGCGUCUGGCAUCUGUACUCUUCUGUAUGACAGUGCACCCAGUGGCAGGUUUGGCACCAUGACCUACCUCUCCAAGGCAGCCGCCACCUACGUGCAGGAGUUCCUGCCCCACAGCAUCUGUGCCAUGCAGUGAGGCCUCGAGGCCCUGCCUGCUGGGAGCCUUUUGACAGCUGGUUCCUGCCUCGUUGAUUGUGCAUGGAACUCAAAUGUGAUGGCCUGAUCACUCCCACCCUGCCCCUUUCCAAUCCAUCCCUCCCAAGAAGAGCAACCUUUUCUGAUAAAUUAACUGCUUUGGAAGAUGUGAACCUCUGCCUGGAGGCAUCUGCUCACCCAGGCCCUUCAUUGUGGGCCUUCAUUCUUUCAAGGUUCAUAAAAGUUUGCAUGUGUUUUUAUUCUCUAGAUCUGUUACAGACUUAGUUUUCUAACUCCUAUUUGGGGAGCAGGUGUUAAUAAUAACUUAUUCCUAAAGUUUGA